GUUGACAUUUUUCUAAGUUUUUCUCAACUUUGCCCUUAUCAGUCUAUAGCAGAAUAAAAAUCUCUGCGCAUCAAUAAAAUUAUAUUUUUAGGACUUUUAAGUGUAUUAUUGUGAAAAAUUUUACGUAUUCUAGUUUAGCAGGGCAGUCGUUGUUCAUCUUUUAAUAAAAUAACACAAGUCAUUUGUCAGUCCACACAAAAGUUUUUUAAAAUCAAAUUAAAGAAAAUCAUAAAAAAAUUAUUUCGGGUCAUAAAAGUUCAAUUAGAAUCAAUAUAAAUUUUUGAAUUACAUAAUUUCCUCGUCUACAUUUUUGAAAAAGAUGUCACUGUCACAGGGAAUCAAUAUUGAUGAGCCAAGAUAUCCACAAACCACUUACAUUAAUCGUGCUAAACAUUUUCUUAUCGUAACAAAUCCACUCAAUGUCUUCGCUUCAGAAGAGUCACUAAAUCGAGCUGCUAGAAUUGUUAAAGAUUAUAAGGCUGGAAAACCAGUACCUGAUAUAAAAACGGAAGAUGAGUUAUGGGAUGCAAAAUAUCUUUAUGAUUCUGCGUUUCAUCCUGAUACCGGAGAAAAAAUGGUUCUCAUAGGACGAAUGAGUGCUCAAGUUCCAAUGAACAUGAGUAUUACUGGAAUGAUGAUGACUUUCUAUCGUUCAACGCCAGCUGUAAUUUUCUGGCAAUGGGCCAAUCAGUCAUUCAACGCUGUCGUCAAUUAUACUAAUCGUUCAGGAGCAUCUCCAAUUACAAACAAUCAGUUACUGACCUCUUACUGUAUGGCAACAGGUGGUGCUUUGGUCACAGCUCUUGGAUUGAAUCGAUUAGCAAAAAAUGCAACUGGAGUUUUACCAAAAUUGGUUCCUUUAGCUGCUGUUGCAGCUGCGAAUUGUGUCAACAUCCCAUUGAUGAGAAUGCAGGAACUUCAACAAGGUGUUCCCGUAUCUGACGACAAUGGAGUUGUUUAUGGAAACUCAGUUAAUGCUGCUCAACAAGGCAUUGCACAAGUGACAUUAUCUAGAAUCUUUAUGGCUUGUCCAGGAAUGGUUUUGACACCAGUCUUGGUGAACUUCCUUGAGAACAAGACGAAUAUUUUGAAGCGUUAUCGUUGGGCGAACUCUCCAAUUCAAGUGUUGUUCUGCGGAGUUUGCCUAACAUUUGCUACACCAUUAUGCUGCGCUUUGUUCUCUCAACGAGCAUCGAUUUCUGUCGAUAGUCUUGAGCUUGAAUUACGCGAUAAAAUUAAGAAAGAAAGUCCUGGAUGAGUUUUUAUUGUUGGCGCUCGCCGUACUGCUUUUGGUACCUUUGGUGGAGCAUUUAAAAACAUCACCGCGACACAACUUCAAACUGCUGCUUCGAUUCAGGCAUUGAAAGAUGCAAAUUUAUCACCAGACAAAGUCGAUUCAAUUGUCUUCGGACAUGUCAUGCAAUGCACACAAACUGAUGGAAUUUAUCUUCCAAGACAUGUUGGAUUACAUGUUGGUGUUCCAAUUGAAAAGCCUGCACUUGGAAUCAACCGUUUGUGUGGCUCAGGAUUUCAAUCAGUCAUUAACGGAGCUCAAGAUAUAAUUUUGGGGGCAGCAAAAGUAUCUCUGACUGGAGGAGUGGAAAAUAUGAGUCAAGCUCCAUUCGCUGUAAGAAAUGUUCGUUUUGGAACAACACUCGGUGUCAAUUACAAUCUUGAAGACUCGCUUUGGGCUGGUCUCACUGACAGUUAUUGUAAAUUGCCAAUGGCAAUGACAGCAGAAAAGUUGGGUGAAAAGUACGGAAUUAAACGUGAACAGGUCGAUGAAUUCUCUCUCUUAUCACAAAAAAACUGGGAAAAAGGUCAAAAGGAAGGCGCAUUUAAAUCUGAAAUCACUCCAUUUAAAUUGAAAGUUAAAGGAAAGGAAGUUGAUUUUGCAAUUGACGAACAUCCAAGACCUCAAACAACUCUUGAAGGUCUCAACAAACUUCAAAGCUUAUUCAAGAAAGAUGGCUUAGUCACAGCUGGAACAGCUUCAGGAAUUUGUGAUGGAGCAGCAGCUGUCAUUAUAGCAUCAGAAGAAGCUUGUAAAGAAUAUGGAUUAAAACCACUGGCACGAUUAGUUGCAUAUUCAACUGUGGGAGUUGACCCAUCAAUCAUGGGCGAAGGUCCAGUCCCAGCAAUUGAAAAUGUUCUUAAAGUAGCUGGUUGGUCUAAGAAUGAUUUGGAUUUAAUUGAAAUCAAUGAAGCUUUUGCUGCCCAAACUCUCGCUUGUGCUAAAGGUUUAGACUUGGACCCCAGCAAACUCAAUGUCAAUGGUGGAGCCAUCGCCCUUGGACAUCCAUUGGGUUCAUCAGGAUCGAGAAUCACUGCACAUCUUGUUCAUGAAUUGAAGAGGAAGAACCUUAAGAGAGCUGUUGGUUCUGCAUGUAUUGGCGGUGGUCAAGGCAUUGCCUUACUUUUAGAAGCUGUUUAAAUGUUUGAGAUUUUAUUCCAUUAACAGUCACGUGCAUUUUUUUCUUAUCAAAGUUAUUGGUCGAAGGUUUAAAGUUUUUAAAUAAAAAAGUUUAUUAACUGUCAGAAUGUGAUUUGUUUCUAUUUUAUAAUAUUAAAAAAUAAAUUUAUAAAUUUGAGUUUUUCCAAAUUGACAUUAAUUAUUACGAUUCGAUAACAAUGGAAUGUAAAGAUUCGUCAGAUCCAUCACUUGAUUUAAUACUCUUGUUCAUCACUUUUGGCAUCGAGACUGCUUUUCUUGUUCCGAAAAAACUUGUCAAGAUCAAUUCCCAUUUGAGCUUUCAUGAUUCUCAAACUACUUCCAAUGAUGCUUUUGUGAUAAAUUUGUCGGAUAAGGAAGC